AUGGCCGGGAACGACAGCUCUUUUCCCAUAUCUUCCAACUCCCGCAGAGCUUUAAAUGCCUUCCGCUUCACCGAUGAGCAAGACACCACUACGACUUCGAAGAAUGGGGUGAAAACAGCCCAUGGCAACAAGGAGAACCAAAGCUCGUGGCUGAAUGGAGUGGUGGACCCGAUGCAGACUUCGCCCGAUAAGGCCAGCGCUGAAGCUCCUGCUGCCGCACCGGCUCCCGCUCCAGCAGUUCCCGAAAAAGACUCGAAGCCCAUUAAAGAGUGCCCACAGACUCCCGGGAACCGAAUUCCUCUCGCGGACCUGAUCAGCAACGCCGAAGACGCUUUUGAUCCCGCUCCAGGCCCGGAAAUGACGCCGGUCGACCAUGUCAUCUGGCAACAUGUCCCUGUCAGCUCAAAUCCGGAUACCUCGUCACAGACCCCGGCGGGUCGUCGCCGAAAGCGGCGCCAUAGCUCCUCGUCUCCGAGCUCUCCUUCCGACGGCAACUCGAAAAAGGGCCAAAAAGAGCCAUUGGACCUCCAGUCGAUACAGGCAUUGUUUAAGACACCCCAGCAUGAUCUGGCUGCCGAGUUGUGGAAUAAUUAUAUGGACAAGAACAUGGUCUCGGGCUCCGAGAAACUUCCGCCACCCCGCCUUGGAAACCUUCUCUCAUCGUCACCUCAAACACCGGCAUCAGGCAGAACCAGCCGAGAUUCGUCGGGCUUGAGGCGAUCCAUAAGUUGUGCAGCUGAAUGGCCCACCUCCCGGGCGAAGAGAAGACGAGUCAACAAACAAGAGCCUGGUUCCAACCGUGGCAUCUUCGCGCGUGCAAACAGCAAUGUCCUUGACUCGGGUAAAGCAAAGUCGUCAAGGAUUAAUCUAUUGCUUGAGCAGAUUGAACAGAGUCUGCGACCUGCUCCGUCUGCUGAAAUGGCUCCGACCAAUUCGUCCCCUCUGCGACAACGAAUGGAUGCCCGGCGAUGUCGCUCGUCGUCCCCGACGGUGGAUAGGAAGCAUGCUGGAGUUUCUGGAGCAGCCGAUUACCGCCUUCCACCCCAUGUCCCGGGAGAUGAUUGUAAUAUUGAUCAGAAGGCUGCCUUCCAAGACUCUUCGUCCGAGUUUGGGGAUGAUGACCUGGACCAGGAGUUCCUCGACUUGGCCGAAGCCUCCGCUGAUCCAUUCAUAGCGCCGACGCCGGCGCCUGCAUCUGUUCGUCAAGAAUUCGACUCCUUCGGAUCUUCAGGCUGGUCAGCUCUUGCAAAUCAACAAUCCCAGUCGUGGCGGCCGAAGGUGCCCGUUGUACCUGAGGAAAAAACUACUAGUGGCGAACCAAAACAUGAUGAUUCAGACGACUUUGACGAUGACGAAUACGGGGACUUUCCAGACAACCUGCAGGAUGUUCUUGCAGCAUGCGAUGCAAAGUCCAGCUCGAUCCGAUGCACGAAACCAACUACCAAAGAAAACCCAUCUGUCAAGGGUUCCGGCUCGGUCACUGUUAGUGCAGGCGCUGACUUGUCAGGCGGAGUACCGCAGAAGACAUUUGGGAAAUCUGAUCCGGAUUCCUCAGGCGAUGAGUUCGACGACGAUGAUUUUGAUGUGGAGGCAAUUGAACAAACCAUGAAGCAGACGGGUGAAAAUGGACAGGCCUAUAACAUGAAAGGCCGACAGGCGAUCAAACGUCAUCAAAUCGUUGACAUUGUGGAGAACACGUAUGUUACUACGAAAGGACGUACUCAACCAGAGCAGGUACUACUCGUCGAGGACGAGAAAACCAAAGUCCGCAAGGUCAUUGUGCUGCGCGAAUCCUGGUUCGACACGCCCUGCAGUAAAGACUCGUACAUUCACCUGAUCGGUGACUUCGAUGUAACGGGCCAGUGCAUUGUGGACAACUCUCACAACAUGGUCAUCUUGCAUCCUGAUCACCUCAUCUCCGCCACCGUUGUGGCAGACUCGAUAGACUGCCAGCGCCGCGCUGUACUCCAAGACCGUGUCAAAGCCUUUGGUGCUCUCGAGAAACCACAGGCUUUCGGAAUGUUUUUGCACGAAAUCUUCCAAGAAGCCCUGAAAGCUAAUCAAUGGAAUACGGAAGUCCUACGAUCACUAGUUGAAACCGUUAUGCAGAGGCAUGUUGAGGACCUAUACGCGAUUCAGAUGAGCAUGCCUCAAGCUGUUGAGGAGAUCAUGGGCAAGAUGCCCACUAUCCAAGCAUGGGCCGACGCCUUUGUUCAGACCAAGCCACAGGCCAACUCGAUGGUUGAGGACCGCAAUAGCUCCAAGCUCAAUCUGAGUAUCACCAAAUUGCUUGAAGUUGAGGAGCACAUCUGGUCUCCGAUGUAUGGACUUAAGGGCAAUAUCGAUGCCACAGUGCAGAUUGCCUGUCAUGAGAAGGACACAGAAAGGAACCUCGUUGUUCCGCUCGAGCUCAAAACAGGCAAGAGAGACACAAACCAGGCCCAUAGAGCACAAACGGCCCUAUACACCCUACUUCUUUCUGACCGUUAUGACGUCGAGGUCACAUUUGGGAUCUUGUACUAUCUUGAAGUGUCCAGGACUCUCAGCAUUCGUGGUAUUCGACACGAGCUCCUUCAAAUGAUCCAGCAGCGAAAUCGGCUUGCUGGUUAUGUCCGUGAGCGCUUCCAGCUUCCACCCAUGCUCAAGAAAGCUCGCAUGUGCAAGAACUGCUAUGCGAAGACACCGUGCCUCAUCUAUCACAAGCUGAGCGAGGACGGCAAUGGUGAAACGAGCGCUCUAGGUGACGAGUUUGAUGCCGCUGUCGGCCAUCUCAACCAGCGGGAUAGCGAUUUCUUCCGCAAAUGGGAUGAGCUUCUAACCAAGGAGGAAGGCAACUUGGUCAAGGCCCGGCGAGAGCUGUGGACAUUGUUGAGCAACGAGCGGGAAUCUCUGGGUCGGUGCUUUGGAGAUCUUGUGAUUGAUCCGAGGUCUGCAUGCGAAGAUAACAAUGCCACCAAAAUCAACCGCUACCGCUAUACUUUCCUCAAACGACAGGCACCUCCCAACUUCACUUUUGCAGAAUCCCAGAUUUCUGUCGGUGAGCCAAUCGUCGUGUCUGAUGAGAAAGGUCAUUUUGCGCUCGCAAAUGGCUAUGUGGUGCAUUUGAGCCGGACCCAUAUCACUGUCGCUGUGGACAGGAAGUUGCACAAUGCGAGAGCACGAGCAGCUGGCUUUGACCCCGUCAUGAACCAGUCAUUCAAGGGCAUCAUGGAAGUUGGCAGAGAUCCUAAUGAUGCAGACUUGAAGGACUCUGAGGAACAGGUGAUUUACCGAAUCGAUAAGGAUGAGUUUAGCAACGGCAUGGCCACUGUCCGCAACAAUCUCAUCUGUCUGAUGGACAACAACCUGUUUCAGUCAAGACAACUGAGGCGGCUCAUCAUCGAGGGUCAGGCGCCUGUCUUCAAGAGCUCUUCCACGCAAUACACCAUCUCUGGACCCGACAGCCUAAACGUCGAUCAGAAGCAGGCGAUCGGAAAAGUUAUGAGCGCCAAGGACUAUGCCUUGGUUCUGGGGAUGCCUGGGACCGGCAAGACAACCACCAUCUCGCAUAUAAUUCGUGCGCUAGUGGCCCAAGGAAAGAGUGUUCUCCUCACGUCUUAUACGCACACCGCAGUAGACAACAUCUUGCUAAAGAUCCGAGACGACAACAUCCGCAUUCUGCGUCUCGGUGCUCCUGCUAAAAUCCAUCCGGACGUGCAACAGUUUGCUGAUCUGGAAGCGAUUCCGAAAACGACCAUCGAAGAGCUCAAGGAUUCAUAUGAGAAGCCGCAAGUGGUAGCCACUACCUGUCUGGGCGUUAACAAAAACAUCUUUAAUCAGCGCAUCUUUGACUAUUGCAUCGUCGACGAAGCCUCGCAGAUCACGCUUCCCGUCUGCGUGGGCCCGAUCCGCAUGGCAAGGACGUUCAUUCUCGUCGGCGACCACUACCAACUACCGCCGCUUGUGCAGAACAAAGCAGCCCAGGAAGGAGGACUUGAUGUCAGUCUUUUCAAGCUGCUCUCUGACGCGCAACCGGACUCCGUGGUCAACUUGGAACACCAAUACCGUAUGUGUGAGGAGGUUAUGCUGCUCUCCAACACCCUGAUCUACUCGGGUCGACUGAAAUGUGGAACGCCCGAGGUUGCAGCGCGAUCACUGGAGGUGCCGAAUAUCAAGGCCCUUAAGCAGUUCCAUGCCGACGAUUUUAAUGCCUCUCAAAGACAAAUCUGUCUGGGUACCGGGCAGGGAAGCUGCUGGCUCCGAGACCUGGUCGAGCCAUCCGCCAAAACCAGACUCGUGAACACCGAUCCGCUCGGCAGCGUAGCCCUCGAGACAGCGCAGGGCCAGCGCAUGGUGAACCACGUGGAGACGAUCCUCUGCGCGCAACUCGUCGAGGCGUUCCUCGCUUGCGGGAUUCCCGCUCGCAACAUCGGCGUCAUCACCUUCUACCGCAGCCAGCUCUCUCUCCUCCGCCAGCGUCUCCGCCGCUACACGCCCGAGCUGGAGAUGCACACAACCGACAAAUUCCAAGGCCGGGACAAGGAGAUCGUGAUCCUGAGCUGCGUCCGCAGCAACUCCGAUAACCAUGUCGGCGAGCUCCUCCGCGACUGGCGCCGCGUCAACGUCGCAUUCACCCGUGCGCGCACAAAGCUCCUCGUCAUCGGCAGCAGAUCCACCCUGCGCGAUGGCAACGAGCUUCUGUGCAAAUACGUCCGUCUGGUCGAAGGAAACGGCUGGGUCUAUAAUUUGCCCCCUGGCGCGGCGGACAACCACGUCUUCCAGUCUGCAGCAACCGAUGCUACGCAGGGGCGAACUCCUGACUCUGCGAAGAGUAAUAAGCACAGCCCCAGCUCGAAACUGAAGAAGUCUCCGGCCUCGCGGGAUCCUCUGAGUCCGCUGGGUUCUCGACAGCCUGCUAGUAGCAACGGUCUUCGGAAGCCGGCGAAGAAAGGGGCCAAGUUUCUGAGUGGCAAUACAGUUCUUGGGAACAAACCUAUUCUUCAGGACAUUGUGAAUGAUAUUACGGGCUGA